CAAAGCGGCAGCACGCAAGCCGACCAACAUGGCCAAAGUUUAUAAUAUAAAGCAGGGAGAAAACGAGAGCCCCUAAGCUUAUCUAGAACGGCCGCUAGAGGCUUUUCACCAAUAUAUGCCCUAUAACCUUGAGGCAGAGGAAUUGGCUCAAAUGAUAAUGUUUGCAUACAUUAAUCAGGCAGCACCAGACAUAAAAAAGAAACUACAGUCUCUAGAUAGAUUAGGUGAAAAACACCUUUGAGAACUAGUGGCAGUGGCAGAAAAAGUUUUUAACAAAAAACAAAACAAAACAGGAAAACAAAAAAAGAAGAAAAAGGAGACAGGAAAGGAGCUUAGUGAGGCUCCUGACACAGCAACAGCACAACACCGGGAGGAAUUACAUGAGAUUCUCACUGCCGCUGGCACUGGGACAACUAAGCCACCUACGGGAGAGAGCAAAGGACCACGGCACCGUAAUCCUAAGGUGGGGGAAAAUCAAUGCGCCUAUUGUAAGGAGGAGGGGCACUGGGUCAAGGAUUGCCCUCUAAAAAAGGGGCGGCCCCUGCCAGCUCGGGUCCUUCUGGCAACCUUGGAGAAGGACAGCGACUAGGGGAGAUGGGGCUCAGACCCCCUCCCUGAGCCUAGGGUAACCCUAAAAGUAAAGGAAAAGCCAGUAAAAUUCAUGGUAGACACAGGAGCUAAGAAUUUAGUUCUCUUAACUCCUGGAGGGUCCAUGUCUGAUAAGACAACUUGGGUCUAAGGGGCCAUGGGCACCAAGCCCUAUAAAUGGACUACCCGAAGAACGGUAGACUUGGAGUGGGUUGGUAACCCACUUGUUUCUGGUCAUACCUGAAUGCCCCUAUCCCUUGUUGGGCUGUGAUCUCUUGUCUAAAAUGAAAGCUCAAAUUCACUUUUCAGACCACAGGGCGCGACUGCUCCAUGAUGAUGGGCAGCCAAUUCGGGUGCUCAUUACCAGUCACUUAACUGAAGAAUACCGACUUCACUGGGAGCCUCUCACCCCGGAGACAAAAAUAAAAAACUGGCUCCAAGGAUUUCCAUUAGCGUGGGCUGAAACCAGGGGUAUGGGACUGGCCAAGCACCGACCCCCAGUGUAUGUGGAGCUCAAAGCAUGUGCCAACCGGUAAAGGUCCACCAGUACCCAUUGCCACUACAAGCAAAAGAGAGAAUAACUCCUCACAUCAGGAGGUUGCUGAAAUUGGGGGUCUUAAAGCCUGUGCAGUCUGCCUGAAACACCCCCUUGCUGCCGGUAAAGAAACCACACUCCAAUGACUACCGGCCAGUCCAGGACUUCUGAAAGGUAAAUAAGAGGGUAAUAGACAUUCACCCUGCAGUUCCAAAUCCUCACACUCUCCUUAGUACUCUGCCUCCAGACAGGAAGUGGUACAUCGUCCUGGAUCUAAAGCAUGCCUUUUUCAGCCUGCCAUUGGCUCCCAAAAGCCAAAUGUACUUUGCUUUCGAAUGGCAGGACCCUAAGAUCGGGAUAAGUGGCCAGCUGACUUGGACAAGAUUACCCCAAGAAUUCAAAAAUUCUCCGACUACUUUUGAUGAGGCCCUACAUGAAGACCUGAAUGAGUAUUGAACCCUAAAUCCUAAUGUGAGUUUGUUACAGUACGUGGAUGACCUGUUAAUAGCGGCUGCAGACCAGGAAACCUGCCUAAGAGGAACUGAGAACUUACUGCAGACUUUGGGGGAUUUGGGAUAUCGAGCCUCUGCCAAAAAGGCUCAGAUUUGCAGAUCAAAGGUGACAUACUUGGAAUACUUGCUUGAAGAUGAUGGCUGGGGUGGCUCUCCUGAUGUGUAAAAAGAAAUCCCAACCCCAACCCCCACCACCAUCUGGCAGGUAAGAGAAUUCCUGGGCACACAGGAGGGUUCUGCCACCUCUGGAUUCCUGGGUUCACAAAAAUAGCUAAGCCCCUGUAUGAAGCCACCAAGGAGAGGCCGGGUUUUAGUUGGAAUGAGCAACAACAAAAAGCAUUCAACCUCCUCAAGAGAAAACUCCUGGAAGCCCCUGCCCUGGGACUCCCCAAUGUGACUAAACCCUUUUACUUGUUCGUGGAUGAGCAAAAGGGUGUCGCGAAAGAGGUGCUUACCCAGACCGUGGGGCCAUGGUAAAGACCAGUGGCUUACUUGUCCAAAAAACUGGAUCCGGUAGCUGCCGCAUGGCCUCCGUGCCUCCACAUCAUAGCUGCAGUGGCCCUCUUGGUAAAGGACACUAAUAAGUUGACUCUGGGACAGAAUUUGACUGUGGGCACCCCUCAGGCCUUGGAGGGUGUCCUCAAACAACCACCAGACCGGUGGCUAAGUAAUGCAAGGGUGACUCAUUAUCAAGCCCUGUUACUUAACCCCGCUAGAAUAACUUUCCAGGUUCCCACAGCUCUCAACCCAACCACGCUGCUACCGGACCCUGCGCUGGAGACUUCUCUACACGACUGUGCUAGCAUACUGGCCCAGGCUCACUGCGUUCCACUGGACCUGAGGGACACUCUGUUACCCUACGCAGAAGCCCCCUGGUUCACUGAUGGCAGCAGCUUUAUGCAGGAUGGCCAGAGGUAUGCGGGGGCAGCAGUCACCACCACCACUGAAACCAUCUGGGCAGAACCCUUACCCUCGGGGACAUCAGCCCCAAGGGCGGAACUAAUAGCCCUAACAAUGGCCCUUAAAUAGGCAAAGACAAAAAAUUAAAUGUCUAUACAUAGCCAGCCGGUAUGCCUUCGCCACUGCCCACAUCCACGGGGCUAUUUAUCAGGAAAGGGGCCUGCUGACUGCAGAAGAAAAGACUGUCAAAAACAAACAAGAGAUCUUGAGUCUCCUUGCAGCCCUAUGGGGACCCAAAAAACUGGCAAUCAUUCAUUGCCCAGGCCACCAAAAAGGCUCAGGGCCUAUCCAACUGGGAAAUAACUUGGCAGAUAAGGUUGCCAAAGAAAUAGCUGAAACCAGGAAAAUUACUCCUGUCCUGGUGGACCCGGGGCGUGAAAUUUGCCAGAGACCCCCCAAUACACCCCUAAAGACCUAAUCUGGAUAAAUGACCAACCCAUGGCCCACCUAGACAAAGGCUGGUGGAGGACAGCAGAUGGACCAGUCAUCCUACCGUACAAAUUAGGCCAGACCAUUUUAAGGAAAAUCCAUCAGGCUUCCCACCUGGGAACUAAAAAGAUGCAGAACCUGCUCAAGCAAUCCGACCUGAGAAUACCUGAUGACAACUACCUUAUCAAAGAGAUUGUUUCCAAGUGCAGUGCCUGUCAGUUGACUAACGCUUGUUUGGCCCCCAACAGUUCAGGAGCAAGAAUUAGGGGAACCCGACGGGGUACGUACUGGGAAGUUGACUUUACUGAAAUCAAAUCAGGAAAAUUUGGCUAUACAUAUUUAUUAGUGUUCAUAGAUACUUUCUCUGGAUGGACUAAAGCCUUCCCCACAAAACAUAAAACUGCCAACGUGGUAGCAAAAAAACUGGUUGAAGAGAUCGUGCCCAGGUAUGGAUUUCCCACCAUGAUCGGGUCAGACAACGGUCCAACUUUCGUCUUAAAGGUAAGCCAGGAAAUAGCCACUGCCCUGGGGGCAAAUUGGAAAUUACAUUGUGCAUACCGGCCCCAAAGCUCAGGACAGGUAAAAAAAAUAAAACUCUAAAAGAGACCUUAACUAAACUGGCCUUAGAGACUGGCGUGGACUGGGUAACUCUCCUUCCCUUUGCUCUGUUCCGGGUUAGAAAUUCCGCUUAUCAGCUAAGCCUUACUCCUUUUAAAAUUAUGUAUGGUAAACCCCCUCCCCUAAUACCUAGCUUACAGUCUGAUUUGAUUGCUACUCUAGAUGACCAGGAUGUCCUGGAUGCUGUGCGUCAGCUCCAGCUAAUGCACCAGGAUAUUUAGCCUAAAUUAAAAGCUGUAUAUAAAACUUCUUCUCCUACCCUUCAUAAAUUCCAGCCGGGGGAUUGGGUUCUGAUUCGGAGACAUCAUCACAAAACUCUCGAGCCUCAAUGGAAGGGUCCCUUCACCAUCCUCAUGACAGCUCCCACGGCUCUCAAAGUAGAUGGGGUAGCCGCAUGGAUCCACUACUCUCAUGCCCGGCUGACGGACCCGCCCGCUCCUCCUGAACAUCCUCAAACAUCUGUCCAGCCCACUGAGACUCAAAUUGCGCAGAGAUGGGGGCCGAUCCCAAAACCCUCCCAGCUAGCUUUGAUUUUCCUUUUGCUCUUGUUUUUCUUUUCCUUCCGUCAAGCUUCGGCUGUAAGUAACCCUCAUCAACCGUACCGGUGGGUACUGAGUAGACACGGCAAAGCUCUACAAUCACAGAUCGGACCACUUGGUGGGCCAGCGGCGGCAUCUUUUGUAACGACCCUUUGUGCCCUAGCCCCUCUCAGCUGCUGCUUAGAUGCUAAGGACUUCUCUGUGUGCCCUGCUUCAGGACCGACCUACCGAAACAGUCCCAGUCACUAUUUCUGUGCCAAUUGGGGGUGGGGAACAAGAGCAUCAAACUGGGUACUGAAACCAGGAAAAGAUCCAAAUAUCAAGACUCGUUUCACCGGUGCAAACCAGCGAGGAAACUGGAAAUCAGAGGGGCUGUGAGGUCAGACUCCGGUUUACUGUGCUCCUCCUCUUCUGGUCUCUAAGGGUGAAGGCUCACAUCAUUCAUGUUGAUUCUAGCUUCGCUGCGCCCUGGGAGGAAGCAAGGCUUAAAAUCUGAUGAAGUCCGUCUGCUCCUUCUGUCGUCGCUCAUCCUCUAGGUGUGAUGUCUGAGGAUCCACAGCCACACUCAAGAUCAGGAAGGAGCGCUCCUGUUUCCUUAAGGCUGAGGCUGCACUUGGAUCCUGGAACUGCAACCAUGAACACGUCCUCUCCACUGCGCGACUGCCAGGCCUGGAAGGAUGCCGGGCUGCCGCUCUCCACCACAAGCAACGAAGCCUGCAAGCUGUUUGAUGCCACUCUGACGCAGUAUGUAACGUGGACCAAUGACAAGAGUCUUGGCGGCAUCGAGGGCUGCCUGGCGCGGCUCAGAGCAGCAGAUCCGAACUUCGCCAUGGGCCAUGCCAUCUCUGCCGGCCUCAGGCUGAUUGGCACUGGAAGCUCCAGGCAGCUGGACAAAGAGCUGGACCUUGCCGUGAAGACCAUGGUGGACGUGUCGAAAGCGCAGGCCCUGACCCAGCGGGAGCAGCUGCACGUGUCUGCCGUGGAGACAUUUGCCAACGGGAACUUCCCGAAGGCCAGUGCCUUAUGGGAACAGAUUCUCCAGGACCACCCGACGGAUAUGUUGGCCCUAAAAUUCUCCAAUAGUGUCUAUUUUCACUUGGGCUACCAAGAUCAGAUGCGAGAUUCCGUUGCUCGAAUUUACCCCUUCUGGUCACCAGAUGUCCCCCUGAGCAGCUAUGUGAAAGGCAUCUAUUCUUUUGGACUGAUGGAAACCAACUUCUAUGAUCGGGCGGAAAAGCUUGCCAAAGAGGCUCUGUCUAUCACCCCGACGGAUGCGUGGUCAGUGCACACCAUGGCCCACAUCCACGAGAUGAGAGCAGAGGUGCAGCAGGGUCUGGAGUUCAUGCAGCACUCAGAGGCGCACUGGAAGGACUCGGACAUGCUUGCCGGUCACAAUUACUGGCACUGGGCUUUAUUCCUGAUUGAAAAGGGCGACUACGAGGCGGCACUGACGAUCUACGACACCCACAUCCUGCCCCGACUGCAGGCCAGUGGCACAAUGCUGGACGUGGUGGACACCUGCUCCAUGCUCUACCGCCUUCAGAUGGAAGGAGUGUCCGUGGGCCGGCGCUGGCAGGAUGUCCUGCCUGUGACCAAGAAGCACACGAGUGAUCACGUCCUGCUGUUCAAAGACGUGCACUGCCUCAUGGCCUCGCUGGGUGCACGGGAUGCCAAGACCACGCAGGAGAUGCUGACCACCCUGCAGGAGGCCAGCAAGUCCCCAGGGGAGAACUAUCAGAAUCUCCUGGCCCGAGACGUGGGGCUGCCCCUGUGCCAGGCCAUGGUGGAGGCGGAGGCCGGGAAUCCCGACCGUGCUCUCGAACUGCUUCUGCCCAUCCGCUACCGGAUCGUCCAGAUCGGAGGCAGCAAUGCCCAGAGAGAUGUCUUCAACCAGAUAAUGAUUCACGCGGCCCUGAACUGCACUUCCAGCAAGCACAAGAACGUGGCCCGGAGCCUUCUGAUGGAGCGGGACGCCCUGAAGCCCAACUCGCCCCUGACCGAGCGGCUCAUCCGCAAGGCCACCGCCGCGCACCUCAUGCAGUGAGCGCGCCCGGCCACCUCGGCCUGCAGGACCUCCGCAGGGGGCUGGCCAGCCUCAGCCCAGCUGCCCUCUGGGCUGAGCUUAGGAAACACCUGCUGUAAGCCCGCAGUUCUACAGGAGGACACAGAUCUCAAAUGCGAUUCAGAAUCUUAGGGCCAGCAUGCAUUGUUAAGCAGUCAGAACCAAUGGGUGCUGCUGUGUUCUACUUGCCUGCAACUAGGUUUUCUUAGGGCUUGCUUUUGCUCCUGCUUCAGGGUUGCUCCAGCUUGGGAGGAAGGGCAGAGGUAGGGUGGGCUCUGCGGGGGAGCAGUCUCCCAAACACAGGUCCUGUCCACGGCCUCCUCCUGCUCCCCCCACCACCUCUCCCUGAGAACUCCUUGGGUUCCAUCUUCCUGGUGCUCUGGACAGACUCUGUUGUCACAGCCGCAGAGGCCUGCCUGUCCUGGCUGCCUCCCUGCCUUUGGCCUCAGGCCCUGCUGGCUGCACCCACUGCCUCCUGCCCAGCUCUGCAGGGACGACCUGGAGGCCCCAGGGUGGAUUCGGCGGUGCUGACUGGAGCUCAUUCCUCUAUUUCAACUGUCAUCGGACACGGCUUCCCCGUCCUCUCGGAGUCCAAUGCUGUGAGGGCACAAGAUGCAAUUCAGGGCAGCUCUGCUGUGGCACAAACCAAAGCCCGACACGAGGCUGUGACAAGGCCUGAGCUGUCGCCUGAAUGCCAGCUCUGCUCUGCUUGCUGUCCUCACCCUGGCUGAUGUCCCCACGCGUGUGCUGAGCAGCUGUGCUGCUCUCGGCCUCCUGGAAUGGGGCUCUGAGUGCCACGGUGGCACUCAGUUCCCACUGAAGUUAGGGGGCACGUGCUGGGCAGGCAGAGGAAGCCUCCGAACCUAGUCGGCCCUCACGCUUUGCUCAAGCUCAUGCAAAUUUUAAGAAUUAAAAUAAUGUGG